AAAUACAGUGUUGAAAAUUCAGUAAAUCCAAUGUUAAUCAAGAAUUUACCAGAUAAAAAUCCAAUCUUUGCACGCGGAUUCAUAACCCACAGUAUUAUUUUUUUUCUUUCUAAUACCCUUAAAAAGGAAGCAGAGGAACACCAAACGAUUCUCGUUACUUUCUGCAAACACAAAUAAUCGAAUUUAAAUUAUUGAAUUUUUUUUUUUUUUUCUCAUUCGUACAUUGAUUGAUAAGAAUUUGUUAAUUGUUUGUUUCCCUCGUCGUGAUUCAUGGCAUCCGCGGCGAUAUUCUCCUCGUUGAGGCGGCGGAGAUCGCCGUCACUGGAGGCGUUUGUGGCGCCGGUGGAUCUAUCAUACGCCGCCGUUUUGGAGGCGUCGCGUGCUAUUUCCAACGAGCUGGCGUCGUCGUUUUCAGGUACAAAUAAAACGGCUCCAUUUUUCCAGGGCAAGAACUCCAGAUCCUUAAUCCGGAAAAUCCAGGUUGUUUCUGUGCUCCUGGAUGGUUUUCGCGAUGUAGGGUUCUCGCAAUUUGCCCCCUCUUUGUUCUUGUGCUUGAAGGAGUUGUACCUCCUGCUUUACAGAACGAAAAUCCUGAUCGACUAUAUCAAAGGGUCGAGUAAGCUGUGGCUGUUGCUUCAGAGCCAGUCGAUUUCAGGCCAUUUUCAUGACAUGAAUCAGGAAAUCUCCACCCUUUUGGAUGUUUUUCCUUUGCUGAAUUUGUCCGAAGAUGUUAAGGAACAAGUUGAAUUGUUGCAGAAGCAAUCAAGAAAUUCGAAAUUUUACAUUGAUGGGAAUGAAGAUUCACUCAGGUUGAAGCUUUACUAUUUCCUGAAUGAAUUCGAGAAUGGAAGAAUCCCGGAAAGGAACGAACUUUACGCGUUUUUUGUGGAGAAGUUGGGGAUUUGCAAUGUGAAAAGUUGUAGGGUUGAGAUUGAGUUCUUGGAGGAGCAGAUUGUCAAUCACGAUGGAGAUAUCGAGCCUACGGCCUCGGUUCUCAACGGAUUUGUGGCUUUGAUACGGUACACUAGAUUCUUACUGUUCAGCUUUGAGGACGAGGAAGGUGAAUUGGGGAAGUGGAAACGGAAGCCGACGAAGAAAGGGCUGAUCACUAAGGAGAUUGCCGACACGUUUGUUACUAUUCCGAAGGAUUUCUGUUGUCCGAUAUCGUUGGAUUUGAUGCACGACCCGGUAAUAAUAUCCACAGGGCAGACGUACGAUCGUACGUCAAUCACGAGAUGGAUGGAGGAUGGGCAUUCCAAUUGCCCGAAGACGGGGCAGAUGCUCGUUCAUACUAAGCUGGUGCCUAACAGGGCUCUGAGGAAUCUGAUUCUGCAAUGGUGUACGGCUAAUUCUAUUCCGUACGAUCCGCCAGAGAAUCCACACCAUUCUUCCGAAAGUGCAGUUUCUUCCCUACUGAGCAAGGCCGCAAUCGAAGCUACUAAAGCCACAUCAGCGCUGCUCGUCGAACAGCUGGCGAACGGAACACCAAGAGCCAAGACUGUGGCUGCACGGGAGAUUCGAUGGCUUGCGAAAUCCGGAAAGCAGAAUCGAGCGUGCAUAGCCGAAGCUGGAGCAAUACCCCUUUUGAAGAAUCUACUCUCGUCUCCGCACACCUUUGCGCAGGAGAAUUCGGUGACCGCAAUGUUAAACUUGUCGAUUUACGAUAAGAACAAAAUCAGAAUCAUGGACGUGGAAGGGUGUUUGGGCGCGAUUGUCGGAGUUUUGAGAAACGGGCACACAACCGAGGGAAAGGAAAACGCCGCGGCGACUUUGUUCAGUCUCUCGGCCGUUCACGACUACAAAAGACGAAUAGCCCAAGAAAACGGGGCAAUCGAAGCUUUGGCUGCGCUUUUGCGCGAAGGAACCCCCAGAGGGAAAAAAGAUGCUGUGACAGCUUUAUUCAAUCUAUCCACCCACGACGAGAAUUGUGCAAGAAUGAUAGAUUCGGGGGCUAUACAAGCACUAAUCGGAGCACUGGGAUGUGAAGUGGUUUUCGAAGAAGCAGCGGGUGCAUUGGCCUUGAUCGCGAGGCAGUCGAUAGGAGCUGAGGCGGUGGGGAAAGAGGAAAUGGCGGUGGCGGGGUUGACUGAAGUGAUGAGAUGCGGCACUCCGAGGGCGAAAGAGAAUGCAGUCGUGGCUUUGCUGGAAUUGUGUCGGAGCGGUGGUGCUGCCGCCACCGAAAAGGUGGUGAAGGCGCCGGCACUGGCCAAUCUACUGCAUGGUUUGCUGUUCACCGGUACGAAACGAGCUAGGCGAAAAGCGGCAUCACUUGCUAGAGUGGUCCAAAGGUGUGAGCAUGCUUCCUUCCAUUUUGGUGGCUUAGAUGUGGGGCCUCGAGAUAUGAAUUUCCCCAUUUCAGUGCCUGUAUUAUAGUUGUCACCUUGUCCUCCAUUUUUUUUUUAUCUUUAAUUACUCCCCAUUUUUUUAAUCUUUGAUAGAUAGAAAAAAGUUCUAUUGGAAUAUGAAUGUAAGGGAAGGAGGGUAUAGACGUAAUUUAUUUGUUCGGACGAAAGGGCUUCGUUCAUCCUAUUCUGUUUCUGAUGUACAGUGGAUCUUGGAUACAAAUUCUUGAAUUCUUGAAUUUGUUGUCUGGAGAUUUUAGUUGAAUAAAGAUGGAAUUUUUCUCA